GAUGGGACGUCACGUCGGCUGCCGUCGUGUCGGGAUUGGAAUGUUACAGUGUAACAAUCGAAACAACUGAGCAUUUGGAAAUUGGACCCUGGGAUCAAGGAAUCUCGUCUUUAAACGGUGUCUUUUUAUUUUGCGCUUUGUUCAUUGAGUUUCAUAGGUUUUCCGGCCGUUGCACCGGUGUUUAAUUUGCUUAGUUCAGGGCCAGUCACCCUCUGGUAGGGAUAUAUAUUAUUAGCAUGUAUGAGGGUGUAUUGAUAAAAUAAAAAUAGAGAAAUGCAGGGAUUCGUAAGACUACAGCGGCUCAAAUAAACGGCCAAUUCUUUUCCCUUUUUAUUUUUGUUUGCUGGAAUUAUGGAGUGAAUAAUCUGACGGGAAAGCUACAAAAACCGGCUAAAUUUACUCUCGGACAUCUGGAUGUUACCUCAUCUGCAGCUUUAAACCACAGUCUGUGUGUUAACGACUUUAGGUAGCUAAAUCCAAACUGUGGUCCUCUUUCUGUGGCGUACAAGGCAAAGCAACUCGAACCCCUCCGCUACACUUGAGUGGAAGUAGUUAGUCAAUCACAGAAAUCUCUAACCACGCAAACAGGAACGGGGAACAGCUUUUUAUAUUAGAAUACAGUGUAGAUAGAGAGAGGGAGACAGGCUGCAUCAGAUCUUUACCACUGUUUUGAGCAGGGAUACAUAGCCUAACCUACCAACCACACCGCGUCGCAUUGUAUUGUAAAAUGGUCGAUAGAAGAGGGAGAGAGGGAAAAUAAAUAAUAAAGUCGCCCACAUGCUCUGGAUCAAUCCUUGGAUUGGGGAACGGUAUCAGAAGAAAGGGGAAGACGCGAGUUUGAAAUCCGUGCAGACUGGAAGAUGGCGGAGCGGUGCUGCUGGAGGUGGUGAGAGCAUAACUUCUGAGCGCUUUGGAUUUAUUUGUAAACAUCUCGACCCAGACAGUAGGACACAUGCAGGCCAAAAAACGUUAUUUAAUUUUGCUCUCUGCCGGCGCGUGUCUUGUUCUACUGUUCUAUUUUGGAGGGGUACAAGUCCCUGCGUCCAGCAGGAACCCGAACCGGCGUGACGAUCGUAGCCGCAAUGGAUAUCACCCGGAUCAGCCCUGGCCACACUUUUCGGACCCUUUACAACAUUUCAUUCCCUGGGAUCAAGUGGAAACGGAGGAUUACAACAUUCAUAUAUCCCCAAGGCAAAAGAGAGACGUCAAUUCAAGCGUUUACAAAGGCAAGAGGUGUCGUAUGGAGUCCUGCUUCGACUUCUCUCUGUGUAAAAGGAACGGAUUUAAAGUUUACGUUUAUCCCCAGCAGAAGGGUGAAAAGAUUUCUGAAAGUUACCAAAAUAUAUUAUCGGCCAUCGAGGGGUCUACGUUUUACACCUCAGACCCGGGUCAGGCUUGUUUGUUCGUUCUCAGUCUGGAUACUUUGGACCGGGACCAACUGUCGCCGCAGUACGUGCACAAUUUAAAAACUAAAGUCCAGAACCUACAUCUCUGGAACAAUGGCAGGAACCACCUUAUUUUCAAUCUGUACUCGGGCACAUGGCCAGACUAUACGGAAGACUUGGGCUUAGAUAUUGGCCAGGCAAUGCUGGCUAAGGCGAGCAUCAGCACCGAAAACUUCAGACCGAACUUUGAUGUGUCCAUCCCGUUAUUCUCCAAGGACCACCCCAGGACCGGAGGGGAGCGUGGGUACUUAAAAUACAAUUCCAUUCCUCCUUUCAGGAAAUACAUGUUGGUAUUUAAGGGGAAACGAUACCUUACCGGGAUUGGUUCAGACACGAGGAAUGCCUUAUAUCAUGUCCACAAUGCGGAGGACGUGGUGCUCCUAACCACCUGUAAGCACGGGAAAGACUGGCAGAAACAUAAGGACGCACGCUGCGACCGGGACAACACCGAAUAUGACAAGUAUGACUACAGAGAAAUGCUGCACAACUCCACCUUCUGCCUGGUCCCCCGGGGACGUCGGCUCGGCUCUUUCCGAUUCCUGGAGGCGCUGCAGGCUGCCUGUGUACCUGUCAUGCUGAGUAACGGCUGGGAGCUUCCCUUCUCUGAGAUCAUCAGCUGGAACACAGCCGCUGUGAUCGGGGACGAGAGGCUGCUGCUGCAGAUUCCAUCCACAGUUCGAUCAAUCCAUCAAGAUAAAAUCCUGGCUCUAAGACAGCAGACGCAGUUCCUGUGGGAAGCCUACUUUUCCUCAGUGGAGAAGAUUGUACUGACCACUCUAGAGAUCAUCCAGGACAGAGUAGUCCAGCACCCGUCCCGCAGCAGCCUAAUGUGGAACAGCCACCCUGGGGGGCUGUUUGUCUUGCCGCAAUACUCCCCCAACCUGGGAGAUUUCCCCUUCUACUACGCCGGGCUGGGUGUUAAACCAUACCCCAAAUUCACUGCGGUCAUCCAUGCCGUGACUCCCCUGGUUUCCCAGUCUCAGCCCAUUCUCAAGCUCCUGGUUGCUGUCGCCAAAUCACAGUACUGUUCCCAGAUUGUCGUCCUGUGGAAUUGUGACAAACCUCUGCCUGCCAAGCACCGCUGGCCCGCCACUUCGGUGCCCGUCAUCGUCAUUGAGGGGGAGAGCAAGGUGAUGAGCAGUCGAUUCCAGCCUUAUGAGGCAAUUGUGACCGACGCUGUGCUGAGCUUGGAUGAGGACACAGUGCUUUCCACCACAGAGGUGGAUUUUGCCUUCACAGUUUGGCAGAGCUUUCCAGAGAGGAUUGUGGGAUACCCAGCACGCAGCCACUUCUGGGAUGCCAACAAGGAGCGCUGGGGCUAUACCUCCAAAUGGACCAAUGACUACUCCAUGGUGCUGACUGGAGCUGCUAUUUACCACAGAUAUUACCACUACUUGUACACCAAUUUCUUGCCUGCCAGCUUGAAGAGCAUGGUAGACCAGUUGGCAAACUGUGAGGAUAUCCUCAUGAAUUUCCUAGUAUCUGCUGUGACUAAACUGCCGCCAAUCAAAGUCACACAGAAGAAGCAGUACAAGGAGACCAUGAUGGGACAGUCAUCUCGAGCCUCACGCUGGGCUGACCCGGACCACUUCGCCCAGCGACAGACCUGCAUGAACAAAUUUGCCAGCUGGUUUGGCACCAUGCCCCUGGUCCACUCCCAAAUGAGACUAGACCCAGUUCUUUUCAAAGACCAGGUCUCCAUCUUGCGCAAGAAGUAUAGGGACAUUGAGAGACUCUAACAAGACUGAGGCCCCUACCUCCCUGGCUCAGGGGGAGGUCUGGGGGCCAUAAGAGACAGAAUGAGAAGGGGAGGGCCUGAGAGGGGCAGGCUGCCACAGGGACAGGGGGCGCCACCCUUCCAUCGCCCCAGCAUCCCUUGCAGCGCAUUGCCAAUGACGACAGCCACAAUGGAACCGGAGACAUGUCAGGUGAACUGCACAUACACACACUCAAACUACUGACUAAGAGACUUCUGGAAAGCUUUUUACAAAUUUGAAUGCCGCUAAUAAAUGCAAACCUAGGAUGGGGAGGGCAGGAAGUGUGCAUAUUGGGAUGUCAGCUGUAAUUCCUCCAUCACACCAACGCCAGCCCCCCUCCCCGUCCUCUGUAUUUUUUUUUUGUUUAUUGUUAUUUUUAAUUGUUAAGCAGGAUUUAUUCAAGGCCUGUCAGUUUAUUUCAGUUUUUUUUGCCCUCUGAUAAGCACAUUCUGGGUUAAAGCUCUGGGUCUUCAUCCUCUUCAGAUGGAAACCACGCAUGUGUUCACAGUGCCUAAAAACAGCACAGUAUUAAGUAGGUCAAAUUCCUCACUGGAGAAAUUGCAUUAGUUUCAUGGUUAUGGGUAUUCAGUGUAGAUGGCAUGCAGAAAUUCCCUUCCAUUUCCAUUGGGUAUACACUUGUUAAAAUGGUCAUGUAUACCCAAGACAUCAUUUCAAGGCAUUUGAAUGUCAUGUCGCCAUUUGUCUUCAGUUGCAUAAUGAAUAGGUAGGGGUUUCUUUAGCGUAACCACAAUGGUGAAAACUUAUGUCCGUCUCACCAGAUGGAAAAAGUACUUACUUUUCAGGUGAAUAUAUAUGAAGCAGUAUUUCUGCCAUUUUACUUUGAGGUGCAUUUGAGAAAAGAAGAGCUGAUAUUGAUGGAAAUUGAAUGUGCAAUCCAAUGACAUACCCGGAGCUCCUUUUGAUGCCUUUAAAACUGCUUUAUAUUCUUUGGCCAUAUUAUCAAAGCAGGCGGCAUUAAAUGUCUAAGGAGAUCCAUUGUUGUGUUACUUCAGUUUUUCUAUUGAAUUAUAGUUGAUUAAUAAAAACAAUAAAUGCCAUUCCUCAAAUUUUAAGAUCAAUUGAUAUAUCAGUUGUUCCUUUUAAAGUACAAUCCAGUACAUUUUAUGUUGACAUUUUUCUAUAAUUUUACCUAUUUUGUUGGGGGUGGAAACAGGAUCAUGCAGCCUGCAAUGUUUGUUUUGCUAAUAACACAUGAUGAUCUCCUUUCAUUUUUAACACUCUUUAUUGCUAAGUGGAUGUUGCCAUUCAACCUGUAUCUAAACCGUUAUCCUUUUAUGCAAUGUAAAAGGAGUAAAAUCACAAGUGCCCAGGUGACAAGUGUGAAAUAAUGAGGGGCAUAAAGGAUAAAAAGUCAGAAUGAAUGGCACAUGGUGCAGUCUCAAGAUAUUUUUAAGUGUGUGGACAAAGGGAUUAACCAGAUAAUACAAAUUAAAUGAAUCCAGGAUCCUAUGUUUGGUGUAGUGGGCAGAGCCACUCCUGUGGCCCCCUGUCCCCAUCGUGACUUCCUGUGGCUCUUGUGUAGGUACUUUUCAUUUCAGUGGCCCUCUCAUUUCUCGUAAUUCAUUACAUUUCUUUUUCUCAUUGAUUAAUUUCAAGGGAAUGGUGCUUGGAAAAAGUAGACGGUCCCUUAUCACAAUCUGUAAUAAUCUUUUAAAGUGUGGUGGGCUAUGUUAGCCUUCGCUUGAACAGGUACUUGAAUGUCUGAUGACUUGAAGGAGCACCGUGCAAGUGGCCUUUUUUGUGAUGGUGACCAAACUUAAGCGCCAACCAGCUGUGACUCAAAUCUGAAUCGUUUGACGCUUUGUUUUGGGAGCAUCAUACCUCAAAUGAGGUCUUUUUAUUACUUUUUACCAUGUGAACUUAAGUAAAUGAAAUGUGUAUAUCUCAUUUAGCCAGCAAUCAAAAAAAUGAAGGAACACAGAGCUUAUAAAAUGUGUUCUGUAAAAUAUCAAAAGUCAGUUCCUGUGAAGGACUUAUAAAACCUUGACCCUGUUCACACCAGCAAUCUUAUCAUUAUAGUUUCUGUUCCCAAUUAAUGAAAAAACUGCAGGAAAGUCAUUGACUGGACUUUUAUGUUGAUGACUGGCUUUCUUCAUUGAACAUAUCAAUCUACCAAAAAAUAUUUAUCUUGCAGUGCUUCUUGUGUGCGUCUUUCAGAAUGCAGAAAGUGCAAUUCAUCUAUUUAUAUGUAAGCUUAUGAUACCGAGGAGAAGGUUUAUUUUACAAUUAUCCACCAAAAACAGAGAUGUUACCCGUCAACAUUUUGACUCCUUCAGGGACUACUCAAUACAGCUAGUCAUUAAGAUGAAAACACCAGGUGUAAUUUCAUAGUCCGUGUCAUCAGCCUGCUAUGUAUUAUAACAUAGUCAUUAUUCAUGAGUUUAUUUCAAUUGGAAAUUUGACCUUUGGAAGUUUGGCCAUGUUUUCUUUGGUCUGUACUUCAUUUUAACCUGAAGGUAUCAGUCUGACAUUUGCUGGUAUCCUUCCAGAAUUUUUAGAAGGCAUCCUUGCAGUGUGUUUACAUCUAACUAUCCAUACCCCCCUUGAGGUGUAAUGUUUUCAUCUAAUCGAUUCAAUAGGCAUUUUUUCUUUAGAUCUUCAAAUAUUUACUCAUAUAUAUUUAAAUAUGUGAUUACGGAUUAUGUCAUUUGAAAUAAAGAACAAUUUUAAUUUAUUUUUGGUAUGCCACAUUUUUAUGACCCAGGAUCAUAGUUGUACAUACGGUCUAGAAAAACUUGUUAUUCAUCCUAGUACAGCUAAAAUUAAAUGAUUGUGAGUGUCUGUAAACUAAUGAACCUGAACAAAAUAUCAGGCUACACUCUCUGAAAGAUAUCUAGUUGACAUUUAAGUGCAACUCUUAAAUUUAUAUCAUACCUUUAUCAUCUCAUGUCAAACAAUCUCAAUCCUGCACAAUAACGCAUUGCAUGAGAAACUUUGUAGAAAACCUUGUCAUACUUAGAUUUGCAUAUUUAUUUUCAUAUUGGAACAAAAGCUGAAAUUGUAUUGUGUGCAAGUAUUCAACAAUCUGGGGAUUACUUAGCCAGGGAAAAAACUGUAAGGCAAAAGAACAGCACAUUAUUUGAGAGAAUAUCACUCUCCCAUGCAGAUUAACAAUGAAGCCAACAAUUUGAUUUCUGCUUCAUUUAAAAAAAAAAAAAAUUCAUUUCAAAUGCUUAGCCCCAAGGACAUUUGCCCUUCAGAUAGUACCAUCAAACCUGCAAAAAAAAAAAGCCUAUCAGACCAAUAUAAUACCGAUCUCCAAGUCCCAUAAUGGAUCAUGCAUUUGUUUAGUUUAUCUAUUUUGAUGAAAUGGUCAUCGGCAUGUCGGCUCAUAGAAUACUGUUUUUUUUUCUACAAAAUGCUAAAUGUCCAUCUUAUCCUCCAGGAAUUCAGCAAACCCCUAAACCUGAUAUACUAACUCAAGUGGUACUUUCUGGAAAAUGUUUUAUUUUUUGACAUUUUUUUAUUCAUUCCAGUAACUUGAUUCUAAACUUACAGAAGUCUAAUUCUUAAUUUUAUAACCUGUUCUGUGUUGUGGUUGGACAUAUCAAGACUUUAUAAACCUUUCUGAACAGGGAUGUUUUCUUGAUGUGUUGUAUAAUGUCCGACAUGCCCCUCCCCCUCAUAAAAUUGAAUUUCACUUCCAAGUGCUUGUUAAAUGCUAAUUGUGUAAUAUACUAUGAAUGAUUUUAGAGAACAGCCUGAGGUGGCCUUGAGGAAUGGUGCACUACUUCCCAAAUACAUACUUUUUUUUUCUUUGAAUGUGUUUCUUGGUUUAAGUUCCUAAAUCAGUUGAAACAUUGCGUUUCAUUCACUGACCUGUACGAAUCUAUGACCCAUUUGCCAAAUCACUGCAAUGUAGGACAGUGCUCUUUUGUCUUUUGAAAUGGUACACACCUCAGUGGGUUAUCAGUUGACGUAACACUACACUAGAGAACAACCUCCUGUAUGAUACCAAAUACUCUAUGCAUGCUGUGUGUAGCAGUACAGAACUGUAUUCCUUCUAAUAUCUAAUCAGAAUUAUUGUAUUUGGAUACUGGUCAUUCUGUCAUGUGUGCAGCUGCAAACAUUAGGAAACUAGUGUGUGUUUGCGUUGUUGUGCGUGUGCAAACACUGAAUAUGUGUCUGAUGUUCAUCUAAUGUAUACAUGUAUAUUUUGUGAGGUGGUCUGUACAGAGGGAAUGUGCCUUUUAUAGAAAGACACCUCUGCAUCAGCCAUAAAGUAAUUUUCCUGAAGAUGACUCACAACAUCAUGGCUGUUUUGUUUACUUUGUCUAACACUGGAGUUAUACUGCAUUCAUAACAGUUGGAAUGUGCUGCAGAGGGCCCUAUGGAACACACACCCAGACCUGCAUGAACACCUCUCUCCUACGUACUUCACCUUUUUUUAAACUAUUUAUAAAUAACGCAUCACACAAACCGAGUUUUGACAUUUUCUUUUCUUUUGCUCCUUCCUGGCCCCACCCCUUUGUCCCUCCUCAUCCCAUUUGUAAUUAACAAAUGACUUUUAUAGAGUUAAUAAAGAACAAUAGACAAAUGACAAUUUUGUAAGAAUGAUUUUAUAAAAAAAUAAAUAAAUAAAUCAUAUUUGAUAAUA